UCACUCCAAAGAGCAAGUUGUUUACUCUGCACUCGAGCGGUCGUGGCUUUGCUUGCCUUCUUUUUUCGCCAACGAAAUGAUUCCUCGUGGUUAGCUCCAUCCCUCUCACCACUGCCGAGCAACGCAACUCUCACUCUCCUCUCUUCGCCUCCGCCGCUCACCCCCCUCCUAUUCCACCAUCUCAUGACAUACGACUGCGCCAGCGCUGAAACCCUAGUCCAUGAGGAAUGCGCUGGCCGCAAUUCUUCAUCGACAGCGAAAUCAUAUAAUUUACCACGGAUUUUUCGGCAGCAAUGCUGGUAGCUUUUCAAAAACAUUUUCAUCAUGGGAGCUGGGCCUGGAGAUUAAAUUUAUCGGAAGGAACGAUCGACCUCCUCCCUUUUCUCGCAGCUUCUCGACGGUAUUUACUAGUGUGCAUGAAGAGAAACCAUCCGCCGAGUAUGCGAGGCGGCGGAAGCAGUCGCUGGAGACCGACUUUGGGCACAUGCUUGGAAUACACGGCUCCGAGACUUUGUUCGCUUACUCGCGCUUUGGUCCUUUUUUGGCGUUGUACAGGGCUGCCAUUAUUUCGUUCCAGGUGGUCAAGCUAUCUGUUUGGCAUUUCUUGUUUCAAGACACCCAUAAACGAGCUGUUAAGUUUCGGAAGACCUUAAUCAGGUUGGGGCCUUUCUAUACUAAGCUUGGACAAGCCCUGAGCACACGGCCUGAUAUCUUACCAAAGGCAUACUGCCAAGAACUUUCCAAGUUACAGGAUCAAAUACCUCCAUUUCCUUCUCAUAUUGCAAUUAAAUCAAUCGAGUCUCAGCUGGGAGCUCCAAUUUCUCAUAUAUUUUCUGAUAUUAGUCCAGAACCCAUUGCUGCUGCAUCAUUGGGGCAAGUCUAUAAAGCUCAUCUACAUUCUGGGGAGCUUGUAGCUGUUAAAGUUCAAAGACCGGGUAUGGCGCUCACGCUAAUUCUUGAUGCUCUGUUGUUUCGUAUGAUUGGGGGACAGCUGAAGCGCUUUGCCAAGGCUAGGAAGGAUUUGCUGGUUGCUGUCAAUGAGAUGGUAAGGCACAUGUUUGAAGAAGUCGAUUAUAUUCUUGAGGCUCAAAAUGCUGAAAAGUUUGCGUCUCUAUAUUCUCUUCCCUCUAGAACUGGUGAGGGCAAAGGACUGAGGCUAUCUUCCGUAAAAGUUCCCAAGAUUUAUUGGAACUACACCCGUAAGGCUGUGCUCACUAUGGAGUGGAUUGAUGGGAUUAAACUUAUAGAUUCUGACCGGAUUUCCGAAGUACAUCUAAACAGGAAACUUUUAAUUGAUCAGGGAGUUUAUUGCUCUUUGAGACAGCUUCUUGUUGAUGGCUUUUUUCAUGCCGAUCCACACCCAGGAAAUCUUGUGGCUACUGCCGACGGAUCUCUCGCGUACUUUGACUUUGGUAUGAUGGGAGAUAUUCCCCGCCAUUACCGUGUAGGACUUAUCAAAGUGCUUGUGCACUUCGUUAACCGAGAUUCGGUGGGCUUGGCAAAUGAUUUCUUUUCAUUGGGAUUUAUCCCUGAUGAAGAGGAUACACAAUUGGUUGCUGAUGCUUUACGUGCAUCUUUUGACAAUGAUAGAAGACUUUCAAAUGACUUUCAGGGUGUAAUGAGCCAAUUGUAUGAUGUGAUGUAUGAAUUCAACUUCUCACUUCCUCCUGAUUAUGCUCUGGUAAUAAGAGCACUGGGUUCUUUGGAAGGUACCGCCAAAGCAUUGGAUCCGGAUUUCAAAGUUAUUGAGAGUGCAUAUCCUUUUGUUAUCGGAAGGCUGCUUACAGACCCCGAUCCUGAAAUGAGAAAAAUAUUAAGGGAGCUUCUUAUUCGUAAUGAUGGCUCAAUUAGAUGGAACCGGCUUGAGCGGUUGAUUGCAGCUAUUUCAGAGCUAUCUUCUGAGAGAACAAAUGAAUCUCCUGACUCGGCUUCAAGAACUAAUUUUGAUCCUGGAUGGAAAUCCUUUGACAUGAAGGCUGUAGUUUCUGCGACGGAGGAUCUUUUAUGCUUUGUUUUAUCUGUGAAAGGUCAAAGGGUCCGGGUUUUUCUCCUUCGAGACAUUAUUAAAGUUGCGGAUGCCUUUCUUCAAGAGGAAACUUUAUCAUGCAAAGAUGUGACUCAGGAAACAACAAAGUCCAGUCUGGAGAGAAUUGAUUUGAUCUCGAGGAUUUGGCUCGGCUUACAAUCUUUCGGGCUAGCCGUGAGUCUGGCACCUUCGCUUUGGGCUGCUCUGUUGAUUCAAAUGUUAUUGAAACCUCAGUUUCACAUAUUUCUUCUGGACAUCCUUACAGCAGUUGUGAGUCAUUACAAGCAUAGGCUACCUGAAUCAUUUUGGCUUCGUAUAUCCAGAAUUCUUCAUCAUUUGGAAGAGGAGUGUGUUUUAAGACAAUAAUUUAGUCCACAAUAAUAAAAUUGAAUUUAUAGAAUGCGAUGAAACAAAUUUACAAAUUUACAAGAUUUUGCUUUAG